AUGCGCAGGUCCUCGUUGCUCUCGCGCUCGGCUCUGCGAAAGCUCUCAACAGCAGCAUCAUCGUCGCGUCUCACGCUCUCAGCAGUCGAGGGGCCACUCGAACCUCCGCUUGUCUCAAAGACGCUCCCAGCGUACUUCCGCGACGACAUCUUACGAAUACACGGUGCCCGCCCUGCUCUCAUCGCCCGACAAGAGCAGGCGCGCCCACACGGCGGGCCGCGCUCGCGCAACCUCGACGACGCGACACACCUCGCAUGGGACUUUGGCGAGUUCGACCGGCACAUCCAGGCGCUCGCGCGCGGUCUGCUGGACCUCGGCGUGAAGAAGGGCGACCGCGUGGGCGUGAUCAUGGGCAACAACAGUGCAUAUGCCUGCCUACAGUGGGCGUGCGCGAGCAUAGGCGCGAUCCUCGUAACGCUGAACCCGGCAUAUCGCCUCCCGGAGCUGGUGAGCACGCUCAAGCUCGUCGGGGUCAGCCACCUCUUCGUCGUCCCGCGCAUCCGCUCGUCCGCGUACGUGCGCAUGCUGUGCGACGCAUUCCCCGCGCUCGCGAACUCGCACCCGGGAGACAUACAGGAGGCGGCGCUCCCCGCGCUCAAACACCUCGUCGUGGUGGACAACACGGGGGAGUUUAAGCAGUUCGAGCGCGAGAUGGAGGGCGUAAGGCCGGCGGUCGACUUUCGCGAGGUGAUGGUGUGGCGGGAGGAUACGGCGGAGCGGAGGAGGGUUGAGGAUAUUAUGGCGGGGCUUGAGGUGGACGAUGUGAUUAAUUUGCAGUUCACGAGUGGAACAACCGGCGCGCCGAAGGCUGUAUCUGCAACGUGCCGCCACUAUUCCACUGUUUUGAUGAGAAACCUGGCCGCAUGGACACAUGGGGCAUGCAUCGUCUACCCGUCUGAGAUCUUCAGCCCGCCCGCGAUCGUGGACGCGGUCACGCAGGAGCGGUGCACUGCGCUGCAUGGCGUCCCUACGCACUUCCUUGGGGUCCUCGCGGAGGUGCAGCGGCGGAGGGCGGACGGGGAGAAUGUCGACGCGCGAAGCUUGCGGACGGGUAUCGCGGCUGGCUCACCGAUACCCAUUGACCUGAUGAAGCAGCUCAUCGAGAAACUGAACCUGACGGAGCUGACGGUAGCCUACGGAAUGACGGAGACUAGUCCUGUGUCGUUUCAGACCACGCCCGAUGACCCGGUCAUCAAACGCGUCGAGACGGUGGGUAGGAUACUCCCGCAUGUCAAGGCCAAGAUUGUGGACCUCGAGGGACGCGUUGUGCCCGUUGGGACGCCUGGCGAGAUUCUCGUUGCUGGAUAUCUUCUGCAGAAAGGGUACUGGGGUGACCCAGAACAAACAGCACACGUAAUGCAGACAGACGAGAAAGGGACCUUGUGGAUGCACACAGGCGACGAGGGGAUCAUGGACGAGGAAGGCUACCUCAGGAUUGUGGGGAGAAUCAAGGACAUUAUCAUCCGUGGCGGAGAGAACCUGUUCCCAGUGCAGAUAGAGAACGUGUUGACAGCCCACCCGCACAUCCGCGAGGCUGCGGUAGUCUCCGUGCCCGACCCGAAGUACGGGGAGGUCGUCGGGGCUUGGAUCGUGCGAGAAGCACAGACGGCGAUUUCCAAAGAGGAAACGCGGCGCGUCGUCGCGGACGGAAUGAACCCGCAGAACUCGCCGGCAUGGGUGUGGUUCCUGGGGGAGGACGGGGUGCCAGAGGAGAUUCCGAAGACGGCGAGCGGGAAGGUGCAGAAGCACAUCCUGCGGGAGUGGUCGAAGGAGCUCGCGCGGAAGGGCAUUGGCCGUACGUCUUCGGACGGUCGGUAG